AUGGGCCUCGCCGCCGCCGCCCGCGCGGUCCUCCUCCUCCUCGCCGUCGCCGGGGUCCUCCUCCGUCCGGCGGCGGCGGAGAUCAAGCAGGAGUCCUUCAAGGACGACUCCCGCCCCUCCAUCCUCUUCGAGAAGUUCGGCUUCGGCCUCAAUGGCAUGGUGUCAAUCUCCGUCACCGGCGCCAAGGCCUCCUCCACGCUCGCUAGGCCCGACCCCGCACAGAUCGGCUUCUUCCUCCUCUCCGACGAGUCGCUCUUCGAGGCCAUCUACGAUCAGCCGGCGCCCACGGAUCUGAACCCCAACCCGGAGUCCUCCCCCACCUGCGUCCUCUCCAGCCCCUACGUCAGUCUGCUCUUCACCUUCGCGGACCUCAACGACAAGGGCUACUACAACAAGACUUUCCCCAUCACCCACCCCGACGAGUACAGCCUCUUCUUUGCCAACUGCGCGCCGGAGACCAGCGUCACCAUGGAGGUCCGCACCGACAUGUACAACACCAACCCGGACGGCACCAAGGACUACCUCUCCGUCGGCAUGGCCUCCGUCCCGGGGAUCUACGCCUUCUUCGUCGUCUGCUAUGUCGUGUUCCUGGCCGGGUGGCUCUACGUCACCCUCUACCGCAACCGCCUCUCCGCUCACCGCAUCCACCACCUCAUGUCGGGCCUGCUCGUCGCGCGAAUGCUCUACUGCAUCUCGGCGGCCGAGGACCAGCACUACAUCCGCACCGCCGGGACACCGCACGGGUGGGACGUCAUGUUCUACCUGUUCCAGCUCGUGAAGGGUGUCAUCUUGUUCGCUGUGAUUGCGCUGAUUGGGACUGGGUGGUCGUUCCUGAAGCCAUUCCUGCAGGACAAGGAGAAGAAAGUGCUCAUGGUGGUGAUCCCUCUGCAGGUUGCAGCUAACAUCGCCGCCGCUGUGGUCGGCGAGACUGGCCCAUUCUUGCAGGGAUGGGUGACGUGGAACCAGAUCUUCUUGUUUGUUGAUGUGGCUUGCUGCUGUGCUGUGCUCUUCCCAGUCGUGUGGUCCAUGCGAUCUCUGCGGGAGUCAUCCAAGACAGACGGCAAGGCGGCCAGAACCCUUGCCAAGCUCACGCUCUUCCGCCAGUUCUAUGUUGUCGUGAUUGGAUACUUGUACUUCACCAGGAUCAUUGUGUAUGCCCUCAAGACAAUUACUAACUACAAAUACAGAUGGGUGAGCGUUGCAGCCGAGGAGGUGGCCACCAUGGCAUUCUACAUGUUCAUGUUCUACAUGUUCAGGCCAGCUGAGAGGAACCAGUACUUUGCACUUGACGAGGACGAUGAGGAAGCCGCAGAGAUGGCGCUCCGUGAAGAGGAGUUUGAGCUCUAG